AUCCUCACUCACACCACCUUCUCGAGCUUUUCUUUCUACUACUGUUUAGUUCAGUCUCUAAAAGGGAGAGAAAAACAGAGUUCUAGAGAGAAAAAAACAGAGCAACAAUGGAGGGUAAGGAAGAGGAUGUGAAGCUUGGAGCUAACAAGUUCACAGAGAGACAACCAAUAGGCACAGCAGCUCAGACAGACAAGGACUACAAGGAGCCACCUCCAGCUCCCUUGUUUGAGCCAGGGGAGUUGAAAUCAUGGUCCUUUUACAGGGCUGGGAUUGCAGAGUUCAUGGCCACUUUCCUCUUCUUAUACAUCACUCUUUUGACUGUCAUGGGUGUUGUUAGGGCACCUACUAAGUGUGCCUCUGUGGGUAUUCAAGGGAUUGCUUGGGCUUUUGGUGGUAUGAUCUUUGCCCUUGUCUACUGCACUGCUGGUAUCUCAGGAGGACAUAUUAACCCAGCAGUGACCUUUGGAUUGUUUCUGGCAAGGAAGCUGUCCCUAACAAGGGCUGUUUUCUACAUAGUGAUGCAGUGCCUUGGUGCCAUAUGUGGUGCUGGUGUUGUCAAGGGCUUCCAGCCAUCUAUCUAUCAGGCAAAUAAUGGUGGGGCCAAUUUUGUGGCACAUGGUUACACCAAGGGUGAUGGCCUUGGUGCUGAGAUUGUUGGCACCUUUGUCCUUGUCUACACUGUCUUCUCUGCCACUGAUGCCAAGAGAAAUGCCAGAGACUCCCAUGUCCCUCUUUUGGCUCCUCUUCCAAUUGGGUUCGCGGUGUUCUUGGUUCAUUUGGCCACCAUCCCCAUCACAGGAACUGGCAUCAAUCCAGCCAGAAGUCUUGGAGCUGCAAUCAUCUUCAACAGGGAUCAUGUCUGGGAUGACCAUUGGAUCUUCUGGGUUGGACCCUUCAUUGGAGCUGCUCUUGCUGCUAUGUACCACCAGAUUGUGAUCAGAGCCAUUCCUUUCAAGUCCAGGGCCUAAGUUGUUUGAACACUCCACUCCUUUAGAGUCUCACCUUGUGCCUUUGUUUUUGCACCCUUUUGUGUAAUUUCUUUUUUUCUCUUCAUGUGGACUUAAUCAUGUGUGUAAAUUAUCUAUGUAUUUUAAGCACGCGGCUUCUUAUGAAUGAAUAUUCUUGAAAUCGUUUUUGUUA